CCGGGUAUAAAUAGGGGUGGCAGGACGGCGCUUAGCCGCACACAGCCAUUCAUCCUCCCCUCUCCCUCUCUCCCCCGUCUUUCCUUCUCUCUAGGCCCCCAUCUCCUCCUCCAACCAGAGAGCCACCGACCGCCACCAUGAGUUCCUUCAGCUACGAGCCGUACUACUCGACUUCUUACAAGCGGCGCUACGUGGAGACGCCCCGGGUGCACAUCUCCAGCGUGCGCAGCGGCUACAGCACCGCGCGCUCCGCUUACUCCAGCUACUCGGCACCGGUCUCCUCCUCACUGUCCGUGCGCCGCAGCUACUCGUCCAGCUCCGGCUCCUUGAUGCCCAGCCUUGAGAACCUAGACCUGAGUCAGGUAGCAGCCAUCAGCAACGACCUCAAGUCUAUCCGCACGCAGGAGAAAGCACAGCUACAGGACCUCAACGAUCGCUUCGCCAGCUUCAUCGAGCGCGUGCACGAACUGGAGCAGCAGAACAAGGUCCUGGAAGCCGAGCUGCUGGUGCUGCGCCAGAAGCACUCCGAGCCAUCCCGCUUCCGGGCGCUGUACGAGCAGGAGAUCCGCGACCUGCGCCUGGCGGCGGAAGACGCGACCAACGAGAAGCAGGCACUGCAGGGCGAGCGUGAAGGGCUGGAGGAGACUCUGCGCAACCUGCAGGCGCGCUACGAAGAGGAGGUGUUGAGCCGCGAGGACGCGGAGGGCCGGCUGAUGGAGGCGCGCAAGGGCGCCGACGAGGCGGCUCUCGCCCGCGCUGAGCUCGAAAAGCGCAUCGACAGCCUGAUGGACGAGAUCGCUUUCCUGAAGAAAGUGCACGAAGAGGAGAUCGCCGAACUGCAGGCACAGAUCCAGUACGCGCAGAUCUCCGUGGAGAUGGAUGUGUCCACCAAGCCCGACCUCUCCGCGGCGCUCAAGGACAUCCGCGCGCAGUACGAGAAGCUAGCCGCCAAGAACAUGCAGAACGCCGAAGAGUGGUUUAAGAGCCGCUUCACAGUGCUGACCGAGAGCGCUGCCAAGAACACCGACGCCGUGCGCGCCGCCAAGGACGAGGUGUCCGAGAGCCGCCGCCUGCUCAAGGCCAAGACCCUGGAGAUCGAAGCGUGUCGGGGCAUGAACGAAGCGCUAGAGAAGCAGCUGCAGGAGCUGGAGGACAAGCAAAAUGCCGACAUUAGUGCUAUGCAGGACACAAUCAAUAAAUUAGAAAAUGAGUUGAGAACCACAAAGAGUGAAAUGGCACGAUACCUGAAGGAAUACCAAGACCUCCUUAAUGUGAAGAUGGCUUUGGAUAUUGAGAUUGCAGCUUAUAGGAAACUCUUGGAAGGUGAGGAGACCCGGCUCAGUUUCACCAGCGUGGGAAGCUUAGCCAGUGGCUACUCCCAGAGUGCCCAGGUCUUUGGCCGAUCUGCCUACAGCGGUUUACAGACCAGCUCCUACCUGAUGUCCGCCCGCUCUUUCCCGUCUUACUACGCCAGCCACGUCCAGGAAGAGCAGAUUGAGGUGGAGGAGACCAUAGAGGCAGCUAAAGCUGAGGAGGCCAAGGAGGAACCCGCCUCCGAAGGAGAAGCUGAAGAGGAGGAGAAGGAGAAGGAAGAGGCUGAGGAAGAGGAGGGAGCUGAAGAGGAAGAAGUCACCAAGGAAGAAUCUGAAGAAGCAAAGGAGGAGGAAGAAGAAGGAGGUGAAGGUGAAGAAGGAGAAGAAACCAAAGAAGCUGAAGAGGAAGAGAAAAAAGAUGAAGGUGCUGGGGAGGAGCAAGCAACAAAGAAGAAAGAUUAAGCCCCCUCUCCCUUAACUGUUUCAGGAAUAACGCUCCCCAAAUCAGGUCAACCCCAUCACAAACUAGUCAGUUGAGUUCCAGAUACCAUAUGAAUUAAGAAGUUAAUAUAUGUAUAAGUCUCAGAUGACUUAGGCUGGACAUUCAAUGUUGUGCUAUGAAUUUUCUCCUUAUGCAGAGUAUCUGUUUGCUUGCAGAGUGGCUUCCUGGCUUGCUGCCAGCCUGUGCAUGGUAUACGCUUAUGAGUUCAGGAUCUAUGACAAUGUGAAUAAUUCAGAUGUUUACAAUAAAAAACAUGAAUAAAUGAAUUCACUAAUGUUAAUGUUAAAUUUCGUGGAAAAAAUAGUACUUUGAACCUUUGGUGGUUAGAAAUUAAAGACCUCGAGUUAUGUGCAAUAAAUAGUAAAUAAAGUUAUACAGAAUGACGCAUCAUUUUUACUGUGGUUGUUGACUUAAUUAAAUUAUCUCAAAGAAAGCAGCAAUACAAGCCAUAUAUGCAAGUGGAAAACUGACUUCCAAAUACUUUUUUAAAGUCAAAAUCUUAGCAAUUACAGUGCAUUUUAAAAAAUUGAUCAUUUUAAGGGAUACUUAGGUCAUAGCCAUUCAUGAAAUCUCUCCUCUCAAAAAUUUUGCUGAUAAUAAACUUGAGUAAAUGAGAAAGCCUAGAGUUUGGUUUUAAAAUACAUAUACAUAGCAAUAUACUUUGCCCCAGAAAAUAUACUUUAUUAAAUUGGGGAAUGACUUUCUUGAAGAAAAUGCUGAAAUUAAGCAACCAAUAUAGUCUUUAUGUUAAACAGGUAAUUUUAACACACCACCACAAUACAAGUAUGUAAUGGUAAAUACAAUAUGGAUAGAAUAUGAAUUGCAGACAUCCAUCACUAUAAAGACAUUUUUAUAUAGUCUAUGAUGGGCAGAAGUUGAAACCUGAGCAAAUGAUAUAAUCAGAAAGAAUAAAUGUAUAGUUUGGGGAGGAGAGAAUAAGGAUAUCAAAGGUUAUUUGCCGCUGCAAACAUGUUGCUUGUAAUCUUGAACUCAUGAUUCGGUGUGUUGUUAGCUGAAGUCUGUUGUCUCAAGUAAAGAGCAUUCAAUGCCAUACAUUUUUCAACCUUUUAAAAAUUACUGAUACAUGGUAAUGAAAUUAUUACCAGGAACUUACGGGUGGGGGGAGUUUAUGUACUUGUGUAUCACAUUGGCCUUGCUCUGCAUGUAUUUAUUGGGAAAAAUUCAAAUUUCAAUGACAGCUUUAACUGGUUGGACACUGCCUAAAAACAUACCCAUCCUUCACCCCUGUCCACUGUAAAGUUCUGAAAGCUCUUGCAAUUGCAGUUGAUGUGGAAUGUAGACGAAAUUAUUGACUAUCUGUUGUUCUGCUUCUGUUCUUAAACAAUUGCUUUGUUAGCUAAUUUAUUUCAAUGUUUGUUAUUUAGACAACUUCUAAAGAUCAUGAAUUUAACUUGAAAGCAAAGUGGUCUCCAUUUAAAUUUAUCUGAUCCUUUUCAUGCUACCUAUUUCCAAUUAAACGUGCUACUAGGCAAAAAGGUAAAAUAUUUCUUUAUCCAUCAUGAUGAUACAGAUUUGAAAUAUGAAGGCUUUCAGUAAAUAAGCUUCUGUAAAGACUAGGUAUCACCUCAGAAACCAAGCUUUUCACCUUUAUGUUCUUUAGACAUAAAAUAAUGCACAGGGUAAAUCUCAGAAAGAUGCAAACUAUAUCUACAAAGUAACCUUAGCCAAAUGGAAAGAACUGGUUGAUUUGAGAAUUAUUUUGUUUGAAGUAAGAACACUGUACCAUACUCUAUCCUGUGUGCCAUAAUAAAAUACUGAAAAACCUAAA